UGAUUUAUAGGUUUUUAGUUUUGGUUGUGAUUUUGAUUUGUUGUGGGUUUUUGUUUUACUUCUAUUGUUUUGUGAUUUCUUGAAAGUUUUGAUUUGCCUUCUGUUGCUUGAUGACCAAUUACAAUGUUUAUCCUCGACAGGUUUGUUUGUUGCAGGUGACUUCUUCGGUGGAUCGGAGAUAUGGGUGGAUGGCGGUGCGGGCUGCUCUUCAACUCGGUGGGCAAUGUCCUUGGACUCCUGGUGUUCUGCGCGCGGUGGUACGGGCUCUGUCCCUCUAUGCCAUGGGUGGUGUCCUCGGCUUGGCGGGUGAUGUCGUCCAGCUCCUCUCAGCGUUCUGUGGGGCGCGGUGCAACUUCAGUCUUGACAUUCUCGGAGGGUGUUCAUAUCUGGCAUGGAAGUGGGUGUAUGGUCUUCAGUCGGCGGCGGGAAUUCUGUGGUGUGAGGUGCGGACGUCCGGACCUCUGGAAUGGCGGUACAUGGGCGUUUCUCCCGCGCGACAUCUUCCGUCUUUGAAAUCGCCGAUGUGGGCUCCAGGAAGCGGUGUGGAUCUUCCAUGAUUUAGUGGAUGAUAUAACGAUGCAAGUGCAGUGAAACGACGGCAAACAUGUGAGGUUAUGUGAAAUGAUUACAAAUGAAUGAUGAUCAAAAAUUGAAAUAGUGUAAAAAAAUUGUUCAAAUGAAAGAAUACAAAAGUGUGAUUUAAUAACAUGUGUGAUAAAAAUGUGGAUCAAAUUAGCAAUAAGGUUAACAUAAAACAGUGAAAGAACAAUAAAAAAUAAUGGAUAUUCAAUAAUGCAGGUAUGCUUAUUAUAAUUUAUUAUUCUUAUUAUUGUAAAUGUUUCAAUCUUAUAAGUUCCUGCUGUAAUUAUAUUUAGGGCAAGUAUUUCUCACAAUUUUUUUUAUAAAAAGCAGUGAUGCUCUGCUUGAAUUACUCCACAAUAUAUGCGUGACUUAAUUUUACUUCUCUCUUUAUGCUCUAAAAAAGGUUUGAAAAUGCAGUAAAUGAAUUUAAUCCUCCUUUCCGUAAAUUUUUAUAAACUGCUUUGAUAUAGACCUAGUGCUCUUAAAAUGGUAUGACCUUUUCUUAUGGUGAUUCUUAUACCUAUGACUUAUACUAUGAGCAAAAAAAAAGAAUGGCGAAAACCGCACACUGAUAUCUUAACCCGUACCAGUUUGUUGAUGAAAAAGUUGUGAAUUAUGUUGUAUAUUAAUCAGCUAAAAUCAUGUGUCAACGCAUGAAAGUUUGUCUGUGUGAUAGCUUCCAAAUAGUCUCAGCUGAUGAUAUGAAUGAAUUAAUGGAAAA